CACCACUGGGUUGACUGACCAUUGCAUAUAUUAUUCUCUGUCUCUCCCAGCUUGAGCUAGCUGCAAGCAAUGCAAGAAGUAAGGCGGUCUUGUUGUUGCUGCCUGCCUGCGCCUAUAUAUCCUGUCCCCGCCGCUGGCUCGAGCUCGCCAACCUAGCUCCAAUUCGAAUAAUGGGCGGCGGCGGCGAUGAUGCGGGCAAGCCGGUGGCGGCGAUGGUGGUGGUGCAGGUCGUCUUCGCCGGCGUGAAUAUCGUGUACAAGCUCGCCGUGUCGGAUGGCAUGGACAUGAGGGUGCUCGUCGCCUACCGCUACCUCUUCGCCUCCGCCUUCCUAGCGCCGCUCGCAUAUUUCAUCGAGAGGAGGAACCGAACCAAAUUGACGUGGAGAGUGGUGGUGCUGUCUUUCAUCUGCGGCCUCACCGGGGGCUCUCUGGCGCAGAACCUGUACAUCUCCGGCCUGAAGCUCACCUCCGCCACCUUCGCCACCGCCACCACCAACCUCAUCCCGGCCGUCACCUUCCUCCUCGCCCUCAUCUUCCGCUACGAGCGCCUCGCCAUCCGCACCUUCUCCGGCCAGGCCAAGCUCGCCGGCACCUUCCUCGGCGUCGCCGGGGCCAUGCUGCUCACCCUGUACAAGGGCGCCGACAUCACGCCCUGGCACAGCCGCAGCCGGCAUCAUGCUGCCGAGGCCGAGGCGGAGGCCACCAACCGCGCCAUGGGCUCGCUGCUCUGCAUCAGCAGCUGCUUCAUCUACGCGCUGUGGCUCAUCCUCCAGGCCAAGCUGAGCAAAGAGUACCCCUUCCACUACUCCAGCACGGCCAUCAUGUGCGUGAUGAGCACCCUGCAGUCCGUGGCCCUGGCGCUCUGCUACGACAGCAGGGACGUCGCGCGGUGGCGCCUCGGCCUGGACGUCAGGCUGCUCUCCGUCGUCUACUCGGGCGUCCUCGCGUCGGGCGUCAUGCUGGUGGUGCUCUCCUGGUGCGUGAAGCGGCGCGGCCCUCUGUUCGCCUCCGUCUUCAACCCGCUGAUGCUGCUGGUGGUGGCCGUGCUCAGCUCGCUGCUCCUCGGCGAGAGGCUGCACCUCGGCAGCGCGCUCGGCGCGGUCCUCAUCGUCAUGGGGCUCUACGCCGUGCUCUGGGGCAAGGGACGCGAGACCAAUAAGGUUGCCGACGAGGACGCCAAGGUCGUCGUCGGCGACCUGCUGCCCACCACCGCCGAUCAUCAGCAGCAGCCGGAAUGAAUUCAUUUUCUAUGACAUGCAUGAGUCGGAUAGCAGCAGAGAUGAGAUGGAAUGGAAUGAAAUGAGUUAUCGGAAAGGAAACAAGACCGUACAUGUGUAGGUAGGCUGACAUGCCUUUUUUCGGCCCGUUAGAGAAAUUGUAUGUCGUGUUGAUUCUGAUCCAAAGUGACCCCUCAGUUCGGCCCAUUAAACAACUGGCGUGAUCAAAUUCA